CUGCAGACAUCGAGCGGUGAACCCGAAGUGGAACGCGACUCGCCCCUCCUCGAGAUGACAUCACCACCGGGCAAAGCAACAAGGAGUGGUUUAGUGAAAUGAACCAGUUCCAAAUCAAUGGAACACACCCGCGCACUUUGAUAAACCCCGACAGAGCCAUUUUAAGACAGCAAAACACCGCUAUCUUGUCGCAUAACGGGCCGCGAGGAAUUAAAAAAACACUCCACCGCUCCUGAAGGCAACAUCGACUGUACGGGAAAGACAAGGACGUCACUUGAGCACUUUUUCUCCUCUUUGUCCUACCAUGUGUCACGCCUGAAGAGGUUUUCCCACCGUACGAAUCCACCCCGGGAUCACCAUGAUGUCCUUGCUGCUGCCCCUGCUCCUGUCUGCCAUGUUGGCCUUCCAAGCUGUUGCCAUGAUGGAGGUACACGUCCCCGACCAGCCCGUGGUGGCGUUACACAAUACGGACGUCAUUCUAAACUGCUCCUUCAGUUCCCCCGGCCCCUUCAACGUGUCUGACGUGACAGUUUUCUGGCAGCUGACCGACACCAAGCGCAGCGUGUAUGAAUACAGCGAAGGACACGAUCAGCUGGCAAACCAGGCUGAAAGGUUCGCCAACCGCACUGCCCUGUUCCCUCACGAGCUGGGCCUUGGAAACGCCUCGAUGCUGCUGAGGAGGGUGGUGGUGUCCGACGAAGGCAGCUACAUGUGCUUUGUCAGAGUGCGGGAAUACGGCAGCGCAGCUUUGUUUCUGCAGGUGGCGGCCCCUUACUCCAAGCCUGUUGUGACCUUGGAGUCGGAAUCUAACCUACGGCCUGGUGAAGAGGUGGCCCUCACUUGCGUAGCUUACGGAGGCUACCCGGAAGCCGACGUCAUGUGGCAGGAUGGGGGUGGCCGCAACCUGACGGACAAUGUCACCACUUCGGUGGUGGCCAACGAGGAGGGUCUGUUCUCUCUGACUAGCGUGCUGACAGUUGUACUGGAGCCCAACAGCACCUACAGCUGCACACUCAUCAACCCGCUGUUGGGGGAGGAGGGGAAUGCCUUUGUCACCGUCACAGGCCAGAACAUCUCCUUCCCCCCUGUGGCGUUGUGGGUGACCAUCGGCCUCGCUGUGUGCCUGCUGGUCCUGCUCGUGGCGCUGGCCGCCGUCUGCCGCAGGAAGAUCAAGGAGAGCUGCGAGGAGGCCAGGAGAGAAGCUGAGGAGGCCAAGGAACUAGAAGAAGACGAAGAGUCAAAGACAGCAAUGACACUACUGAAGAGCUAAGGCCCAAAGACAACGAGGGUGUUCCAGCCGGGCGGCAGAUAUGAGAAGAGUCUGGCGGUUUAAUCCCACUCCAGCCAUC